AUGGUUCUGGGCCAAGCUGUCAACAUGAGUUUGAUGGACAUUUCCAAGAUCUUCUCCCUGCUGCAGCCUAAGGAGGAGGAUGAAGACAACGAGCAGUGUCAGGCCCUGCACAACGCCGUGAGCAGCGACGACGGGCCGCUGCUCUCCCAGCUCCUGUCUCAGGAGUCCUACAGGAAGUCUAUCAAUGCUCGGAGUGGGUGGGGGGUCCCGGUCACCCCCCUGCGUACUGCUGCUGCUCUGGGACACCUGAGGUGCUUGGAGCUGCUGCUGGAGCACGGUGCCGAGAUCGACAGCCUGGACGUGAAGGCGCAGACGCCUCUGUUCACAGCUGUCAAUGGGAAACAUCUGGACUGUGUGGUGGCCCUGCUGAAGGCCGGGGCCGAUCCCAACGGCAGCCAGUACAACAACUGCACCCCGGCCCUGACCGCGGCCCGGGAGGGCGACCUGGACGUGCUCCGGGAGCUGCUGCGCUUCGGAGCCGAGGUGGACGUCAAGCCCAAAGCCCCUGAAUGGGCCUCCAACGCCACCACCUGCAGGGGGCCCCUUUAUAUCUGCGCUGUUUACGGACACCUGGACUGCUUCAAACUGCUCCUUCUCCACGGGGCCAACCCCAACUACAACUGCACGGACGAGAAGAUGCUGGCCAGGAUAAAGCAGCCGAAGACGGUGCUGGAGGUGUGUCUGCGCUACGGCUGCGGGGGGGAGUACAUCCAGCUGCUCAUAGACUUUGGGGCCGACGUGUAUCUGCCCACGCUCAUCAUUGACAAGACUACCAAGCAGAAUGAGGCUCUGAAUCUGCUUCUCAAAGAGAGAGUUUGUCCCAAAACACUGAUGUCGCAGACUCGGCUAGCGAUAAGAGGAUACCUUCCCUUUGGCAACAAGGAAUGUGCCAUUGACAAUUUGGACGUUCCUCUGAUCCUGAGGAACUACCUGAAGCACAUCACAUCUGAACUCCUAUGAUGCUCAACUUAGCAUCACGAUACAUGGCCAGUUUUUUUUACCUGUUUUAAACUCAUGACUGGAUGACUGAUUUCUAGUUAUCUUAUUUGUAGGACAUUAUACUCACAGAAGAUAUAUCAUCCCAGUUCUGUAAAUCCUUGUUUUUAUUAUAUAUUUUGAAGCUACGUAAGCUACGUUUUAAUAUAUAGUUGUGCUCUACAAAUCUCAUUGAAGUGAAAGAAAUGACCAUGCCAAAGGGCUCCAUGUUGGAGGCCAUGUCCUUGGGAAGUGUAACACCACGGUUGACCACUAGAGACCACAGUAAUACUGCUCAUUGAGGCUCCUCAUAUGAUUUGUUCUUGUUCCCAUACUGUACAGUCUCGCUUGAGUUAUUUAGACAUCAAGACACACAAACACACAGAGACAGUGUCUGCAUCGCAGCAGGACGUCUUAGAUCUUGCCUGAAAAACACUCUUGCAUCUGCUGACUUCAAAACAUAUGGAAACGGAGCGAUCAGCGCAGCCAACCGGGAGAAUAUGAAUAUGUUUAUUCAUUGGUGACAGCAUUUUCAGGCUUCAAUUUGUGAUUUGUUUCUCUUUUGUGACUUUGUAAUAUUCUUCUGAGAAAGUUUUUAUCUUCCGUUUGUAUCCCUUUUUUGGAAUAAAUAAAUCCAG